AUGACUGGCCGCCAUUGCUUCAGGAACAGAACGUGGUCCCGCGAGAAUAUCACUUUGGUGUGGUGUUCUGCAUCGCUUGCUCUAUUCGUCCCACAUGGCUUCAACGCGGCAGAAGUGAUGGGCACGCUGGCACGUCGCAUGGAACGUAUUCGCGAACACAAUAGCUGCAGAUCCCGACCCCAGCCAGCUCUUCUCCAUGUACGCUGCCUGUACGGAGUAAUAUGGAGUAUUAGUGAGGGCGGUUAUGAGGCAGUGGGCUCAACGGCCGACGUUCAAUCUAAUGUCUCGCCGCCAGGGACUACCUAUGACAGUGGGGCUCGAAGUACGCACACCCGCACACAACAAGUCUAUCAAAAGUCUAACUAG